GGUGUAAUAUAAGAGGCAAGGGGCAACCCAAUAGCAUGUUAUAACCCGCACUGAGUAGUGAUCCGUUAGGGUUUUAGUUUGUUAAAAAAGACCUGCAAUUCCCAAAGCGGUUGGGACGGUGGUGGUGAAGGCAUCAGUAACAGUUAGGGUUUCCCAAUGGAGGAGCAGGCGUCCCAGAUCGGCCGCUCCCUGGUGAAGCAGCUGGCAUGCUGCAAGAAAACCACUCGAGACAAAUCCCUCCGCCUCCUCCUGAAAUCAUGGCUCCCGUCGCAGUCCCAGCCCCUCUCCGACGACGAUGCCAAGAAGCUUUGGAAGGGCCUCUUCUACUGCAUGUGGCACUCCGACAAGCCCCUUGUCCAAUCCGACCUCGUCGAUCGCCUCUCUUCUCUCCUAUUAUCCCUCCACCUCUCCGUCUCCCUACAAUACUUGUCCACCUUCCUCCUCACCAUGCGCCGCGAGUGGUCCGGCAUCGACGCGCUGCGCCUUGACAAGUUCUACCUUCUCAUACGCAGGUUCGUCUCCAAGCUCUUCUCCCUCAUGAAAACCAAUUCCUGGGAUCUCCUCCUUGUGCAGCGCUUAAUGAAUGUUUUCGACGAGGGGACUCUCUCCGCUCAGGAUAACAAGUCUCAUGGGAACGGUGUUAAUUACCACAUUGCCACUGUUUUUCUCGAGGAGCUUCGCCCUUUUCUCCCGCUCAAGCAGCAGGUUCUCGAGGUGCUGCUUAAGCCGUUUGUUUCGGCUAUGGGGAGGGUGCAUGAUAAGGUCUUGGUGGGGAAGAUUAGGUCUGGGGUGUUUGAUUUGUUGCUUAAGAUGGGAAAGAGGUUGUUGGAGGUUAAGAAGAGUGGGGUCGAGGUUGAAGUUGAUUCUCGUGACGAGGUUGUUCUAAUUGGAACGGUUGCAUUGGUGAUGGGGUUUUCUGGGAGGCUUUAUGAAGUGGGUUCUUCUGCUGAGUGCAUUCAGGGGAAUAGGAAGGUGCUGUUUGCGCUGCAUUCCGAGUUUUUGAAGCUGGAGAAGGAGUCCGUGAAUUCGGGGUUCGAGUUUGUGAUUCCUGACUUUGUUGUUGAUGAGGAGGAGGAGGAAGUGCCGGAAUUGGUUCCGCUGGGGCCUGCUGAGGUUGCUGGUAAUGGUGAGGUGUUGAAGAAGUGCAAGAAGGAUAAGAAGGUUUCUGUUGAAGGUGGAAAAAGCAAGAAGAAGAAGAAGAAGAAGGGUGAUGCCGCUGCUCAGGAUUCUAGUGACAAGGAAAAUGUGGCUUGUGAGAAUGGUGGGAAUUCAAACGAUGGGAGUGUGGUGCUGUUGAAUGAAACUGUGAUUGCUAACCUGCAAAGGCAAUUUGAGAAGGUUGCUGAGGAGGCGGGUUUGGAUGAUGGAGUUGCGAGCGCGUGUGAUUCACCUCAGGCUGCAUCUGCUACAGGAGGAACUGUGUCUAAGAAGAGGAAGAGGACAAAGAGUUUGAAAGGGAAGGCGUCUCAGGAUUCUGCUGAUUUGGAUGGUGAGGAGAGUGCAGUGGCCAAGAGUGGAGAGAAGAGUACAAAGAAGGUAAGAUUUUCGAUGAUAAAUAACUUGGUGUGGAAGCCACACAAUCCUUUACCUCCUCAGAGUUUGAGGUUGCCUCCCUCUGCAACACCCAGAGGAAGUGCACUCAAAAAGGGUGUGCCUCCAGGUCCUAUCAGGGAGAUGCCUCUUCCUACCAAAAAGCCAAAACUGAAGAGGGCCAGGAAGGCAAUUAAGGGUGUUGCUCCUGUCAAACGCCUGAAGAAAUUAAAAUCACGUGCUGCAUGAAUGUUUUGAUUUUUCCGCACCUUGUUAUGGGUUUGUGUUUCCAUGACUUGUUUGUCAUACGAUUUUAGUUAUUAUUGUGAAAUUUUUCAAAGUUUUAUUGUGAUAAUUCAUCUUUGCAACAAUUGAAAAGCAAAUUGACUUGUAGUUUAAUCAACUAUGUGUCCAUGCCUACUUCUUUC